UUAUUUAUUUAUACUUAUAAUAAACAAUUAAUUUUAUUGAAAAUUGAUUCGAUGAUUGAUGAACUCUCAUGGGUCCUAAUAAAGGUAAGGAAGCUAUAGAUUCUGAAACUUACUGGAGGAAAUCCAUAGAACAAGCACGUUUAGAUGAUGAAUCAUGGAAAGUGAAAGUAGUUCUUAUAGAAACAGCGGGCAGUGAUCAGGAUCGCAUUUAUUUAGAAAAGUUUGAAAGUUAUGCAGCAGAAGAGAAAAGAUUUGUCAUUAAAAAUAUUUGUAAAACUGAAACAAUAUUCAUGGUUAAUCAGUUAGGUGGUGAAAAAAAAGUAAAAGAUGAUAAUCUACGAGUAUUUGAAGAAGGUCAAAUUUAUCUCAAAGAAAAGAAAGAUAUUCCUCCCGACUUAUUGGCACUUCUUAUUAAACAUCUAAUUAUAAAAAUGAAAGUUGAAUACCUGUAUAUUAUGCAACAAAAACUAAAAGUGAGAGACGGAAUGAAAAGAGAAUCGGCAACAAUGAUUGACAUAGCGGAAGUUAGAGGAACGGUAAAUGUAAAACCAGAUACUCCAGAACCACUUCCACCUCAAAAAGGUAAAAAAGGAGAAGUAGAACCUGCUACAGCACAUGUCGAGGAUGAGAAUAAAAAAUAUAGUACAUUACUCAGAGUGCGAGGUGAGGAAUGGAGGGAUAAAGUUUACAUCGAUGACUAUCCGACAGAUGGUCCCAAUUUAUAUGUGGCAAUUACUGGAUUUUUGGAUCCAAAUUUAGCUGGCUGUCUUGUAAAAAUUGGAAUACCCUUAACAGCUGUGGUUCAAAUUCGUAUCGAUCCUGCAACAACCACAGUGCCAUCAAGUUUGAUUCGAACUACUAAAAGGGGACAAAACCAAAUGGAAUUACUUGCUGAAACGUCACUUAAAUUUUGGGAAGAUUUGCAAAUGUUGCGGUUGAACAAAGAUAGCGCAGAUAUUUUAAAAAACACGGCCUUUGUUGUUUUUUCACCUCCGUAUUGGAACGCCGAUAAUUUAUCAGGUAGCCCUGAAAAAAUAUAUGAUGAAAUAUGUUUCUUAAUGUACGACCUUCAAGACCUUAGCCGGCAACAUAUUCAUUAUUUAGAAAAUAUGGAUAUAAGUAAUAUACCUGAAGAACAUAAGGAUAAUCACUAUAUACGUAUGUACUUUAAACAUAUAGAUGGCGUACCUACUGAAUCGGUAACAAACUACUUAGUUCUAGAUAGUAUUCUUCACACUGUAUCGGAAAGUCAAAACUUUGAUGAAAAUAGUAGAACGUCAUCUUCGGCAACAGCAAUCACUUUGACUCCAACUGAACCAACUACAAAAGUUAAAGAUAAGCUACAACAGUCCGAAACUCUUGUUAAUCAAAUUAUAAACGAACUUUGUCAAAUCGAUUCUCGAAAAAAGCAUUAUCGUUUUACUUACGGGGAUGAGUAUGAAAAUCAUAAAAAUCCAAUUAUUAUAAAUUACGGUAAUUUCUGCAAAUAUAGCACAUUUCAUCUCGGUAAUAUAAACUUAGACAACAUUAUUUGGAAUAUGUUGCUGGGUAUGCCUUUUAAUAAAUUAUGGAUCAAUAGAAAUAAACCUACAGACGACAUAGAGGCAAAAGUAAAUUUUCACGUAAAUGUGUUGCUUUCAUGUUUCGAUCGAACUGAUGUUGAAACUGCAGAAUUAAAUCGAUUAAUACAUAUUUUGGCUUGUCGAAAAAUUUAUAAUAAUAGAAGCUCACUAAAAAAAGAUCACUUAUUACCUUCAACAGUAUCAGAAUUCAAAAAAAAAUAUUUAAAAAGAAGUGUUUUAGCUGAACCUCUAUCUAAGUCUACUUACAAAUGUGCCAGUUCUGCUUCACCUUCUUUCCCGUCAAUGAUUAAAAGUGAGGAAUCAUAUAAAUCUUUUGAUGAAGAAGAUGAAAUCUCCCGAAUUAAAUUUCUUUUUGAUUGCCCUGAUAUAAGCGAACUAGUAUCGGCUGCUGAAAUUGUUGAUGAGAACCCAAUAAGGCACAUGAUUGAUGAUUUUGAGUAUUUUGAGGAUUUCACUGGCAUACGUGCUUUUCAAAUAAUUCUUGAUGCUUAUAACCAAUUUAAUUGCAUUGAUUAUAAGUAUUGCGAAGUAACAGAUUGUUUUAUAAUGAUGUUCUACAAUAGUCAUGAUAAUGAUGGAGUAGCUAGAGAAGAAUGGCGAUGUCAUCUUCCAACACCUUUGUGUUUACAAGACUUCUUUGACUAUGUAUUAGAAGAACAUUACGAUUGGAUUAAAGAAGAAGAAAAAAUCUACGAUAAAAAUGUAAUAAUAAGAUCUCAGUCAGAAUACAAAGAUCUCAAAGAUCAAUUAGCCUCCAAAGCUUGUUUGACCGAUACUGAUGUGGAAAUGGAAUUGUUAAUGGAUGGUUCCUUAAAAUAUGAAGAAAUUGCAAACCUCGAAAUAACUAGUCCCGAAAAUACAGAAAUUGAAACAUUUACAUCAAAAAAAACAUCCCCAAUUUCUGUAGCUGGUACAACCACCAAAAGUACCAAAAAAUCAAAAUCACCAGCUACUGCUACUCCUAAGCUAAUUAUUCAUCGUGACUUAAAAUCUCAAUCUCCUAAAAAACCAUUCACUGGUUAUGAUUUAGGUGACAGAAGAGUCGAAGUUUUUGGAAAAGAUAAUAGCUAUUUCUCCAAGGAUGGCUCUCGAAUUUUCAGUUUUUAUUUAUUAAUAAUUCCUAUGAAUUUAGAAUAUGUAACAUUGAACAUAGUCCUAGGUAAUGGACAGAUUGAGUUUUGGAUGCAUAAAGCCAUAGGGGAAUGUAUUAAACCUGAAAUAAUUGACACCUGUGAGUCAUUUCGAAUCAAAAGUAAAGAUCAAGUAAUUAUGUAUGUAAAAAAGCAAAGAUACCAAAUUCCUAUACCUUUAGCUCACACUUCUUUAGGAAACGGUAAGCAUAAAGACAAAGAAAGCUCUGCAAAAUCUCCAUCACAUGAUGAAAGUAUUCUAUUACCACAAAUAUUUGAAAGUAUGUCAUAUCAUUCACUCUAUGUUACGUGGCCUAACGGUCACAUAACAGAGAGUAUUUAUGAAGAUAAUUCACCUAAUCUUUCACACAUAAAGCAAUAUUAUAUUUCUCCUCUAUCGAACAUCGAUGAAGAAAUGAGGUGUAUUACUUUGAACGCAGAAGUCAUAAUUUUUAAAAGAAACGGUGACAUAAGUAUAUUGCAGCCAAAUGCUGCUUGUGUCACUAUAACUAAGUGUAGAAAAGAAAUUGUUACUGAUGAAGUUUUGGAAGAUAUUCCUAGUGUUGCUAGUUCUGAUAAAGGUAAGAAAGGAAAAGAAAAGGGAAAAGGUAAGGAUAAACUUAACAAAGCAUCUUCCAAAUCAUCUAAGAACGGUUUAACUGAAGGGGAAAGGGAAAUUGAUUCAAAGCCAACAGAAUAUAAGUUAGUCAUAGAAGAAUUCGAAACGGUUGAAACAAAUGGUUUAAGACAAAAAUGUAUUAAUGAUGAAUAUAUUGAUCUAGAACCAUUGCUCGUAAAAACCGCAACAGAUUAUUGUCUCGGGGAAAUAUUUUCUAAACGCAUGGACGGGACUACCGUUUUAUUAAAUAAGGAUGGAGUGCAAAUAGUAACGUUCCCGAAUAAAACGAGAAUUUUAACUUGGUUUAUAAUUGAUGAUCAAGAAAUCUUUCCUGAAUGGACUGAGGAAGAAAUACAGUAUAAAUCUAUGUUUGCCUUCGAUAGAGAUACCGAAGCAAUUAAAUCAAAAGAGUCUAUGUCACAAAAAAGUUAUCCUUAUACAAACAGUAAUAGUGAAACUAGUGUAGGAUCAAGUAAAAUAAGGUCUGAACAAAUAGAUAAUGAAGAACAACGGAUGGAUGGCUAUAUUUAUAUUCAUGUUAUUUUCACCAUUGAACAUCCUAAUUUCACGACAGUUACGAUUGAUAAAUCUAAAGAAAUAAUAGCCAUUGAAUCACCUAAUAAGACGUGUGUGACCUUUGACAAGAACAAUAAUUAUGAAUUCUCACUAGACAGUUCGACUUCUGCAAAGUUUAAUGGAGAAAAUUUAAACAUUAAUUAUGAAGCUUGCGCUGAAUGUAAGUCUUUUACAACUUGUGAACUUAAAAUCAAAUCUGAAGAACCGAACAGCGUAACUAAAAUUCAAAGGAAUUGGUUAACGAUGAAAGAUUCUUUUAACAAAAAUAUAACAGUUAACGAAGAAGGUAACAUUAAAAUAAUAAAUGACAACUUUUUUGAUCAAAUAAUCCACAGUGAAGACUCGAUUUAUUCAGAAGAGGUACCUAACUACAAGGAACAAAACCAGAAUGAAAAUAAUUUAGAGAGCUGUACAUCAACACACGCUCAAUGCAACCAGACGAAUGAGGCGAAAUCCCUCAAAUUUUUUAUCGUUGCACGGGACUUAACAUGCUCAGAAUUGGUACAUCGGGAUAUUAUUGAACAAUAUAAGCAAGCUUGUCGUUGGCAACCGUGGUGUUCCAUUAAUCAAUACGAUACAUUCGGAGACCACCGCACCCUUUGGUCGAUCCUAAGUCCUAUGCAGCUGAACGAAUCAGAGAAGUGGCUGAUGGAUUCGAAAUUAUCUGAUAAACCCAAGUAUUUGACUUAUAAGGAUUUGAAAAAGGAAUCUGAUAAAGGUUUCUAUCCCUGGAUGCGCCCUUAUAAACGUUUUCAACCCAAACCAAUGAAACCAGAUAAUGUUUUGCCAGAGAGACUACCAAGAGCUUUUAUAUUGCGCACUCUGGAACAGCAAUGGCGAGAGACCCAAAGAGAAGAGCUAAAAGGUGCCAAGGAACUUUUGAAUGCAAUAUUUCGCUACCGACAUCUCAUGGAGUCUAACAGUGACAAUAUUUUACAUGAGCCCAUCCACGAUCCGAGGCCAGAAGACGAAAGAAAGGCAGACGAGAUAUUGCAGGCUCUUGCUCAUAGGGUAUAUUCAGAUCUCAAGAACCGCCUGGCAGAAGAUGUCCAGACCAGGGCGAAACCAAACAUUACUACCUCCCCUAGUCCGUUACCGGAAGAUUUAUCUUUGGAAGGAGAAAUGGAAGAAGACGCCGCCGAACCGCAGUUUGAUCUAAGAAUGUUUGACGAGGUCCAAACGGAUCUAGUGAAGGAAGUAGAGUCGGCUGCACAUAUCAGCGACAACUUAAAGCGGUACUGGCGGCGACGCGCCGAGGAGUCGAAGGAAAAGCAAUUCUAUCAAUAUCUCCUGCGUGAGGGAAGCGUUCCACCGUACUUCAAGAAUGUUCUCGGCGGAGCAAUCUGGUGGGAGGUAGACAAGAUAACGGAUGAUGCUGUGACAAAAGCAGAGCGGAGGAAAAUGAAGUGUGUUUGUUAUGAUGAAGACUAGGACAAGAGCAGAGCUACUGAAAUAUUCAAUUUUGACUACAACUAAAUCUUCAGGCACUCAGGUAUUCAAGCAUAGCUCUACGACGACCGCGCCGUGAUAAAACUACGGAUAGCGUUCCUACUUCCUUGUAUGCCUACUGUGUUCGUUAUUUUCCGAGUUACGGACCCGUAGGGUGCUAACGGGCACUAACUAACGGUAUUAAUCCUCCGCUACCAGUCAAUCUGUC